GGCUCUUCCUUUCGCGCCGGCAGCUGGGCUUCACCGCGUCCAUGUGCGCAUCGACUGGGACAGCAUAGUUCGCCGAAUCAACCGAAACCGAGCCGCUACACACUCUAGACAUGGAUCCCAACUCCCUUAUCGAGGCCCUUAAGGGAACCAUGGACCCGAGCUUGCGGGAGGCUGCGGAGAGGCAGCUGAAUGAGGGCCACAGCCAAGUGAACUUUGUCUCCACGCUGCUGCAGGUCACUAUGUCUGAACAGCUCGACCUGCCUGUCAGGCAAGCAGGUGUCAUCUACCUGAAGAACAUGGUAACUCAGUAUUGGAGUGAGGGGGAGAACCGGAGUGCAGAAGCCCCUGUAACCAACAUUCCUGAGGAAGACAGGCAGGUCAUCCGGGACAACAUUGUGGAGGCGAUCAUCCACUCUCCCGAACGUAUCCGGGUACAGCUCACGACGUGCAUCCAUCACAUGAUCAAGCAUGACUACCCUGGCAAGUGGACGGCCAUCGUGGACAAGAUCGGCUACUACCUGCAGUCGGACAACAGCGCCGGCUGGCUCGGCAUCCUGCUCUGCCUCUACCAGCUGGUCAAGAACUACGAGUACAAGAAGCCGGACGAGCGCAGCCCGCUGGUGGCGGCCAUGCAGAUCUUCAUGCCCAUGCUGAAAGAUCGCUUCAUCCAGCUGUUGCCCGAUCCCUCCAGCGACUCUGUACUUGUCCAGAAGCAGAUUUUCAAGAUCCUCUACGCUCUCUUUCAGUACAACCUGCCAUUGGAGCUGAUUAACCGGCAGAACCUAGCGGAGUGGAUGGAGAUUCUGAAGACUGUGGUGGAUCGAGAUGUUCCUCAGGAGACUCUGCAGGUGGACGAGGACGACCGACCGGAGCUGCCCUGGUGGAAGUGUAAGAAGUGGGCUCUUCACAUCCUCGCCCGGCUUUUUGAGAGGUAUGGCAGCCCGGGAAACACCACCAAAGAGUACACAGAGUUCGCCGAGCUCUUCCUCAAGGGCUAUGCAGUUGCUGCACAGCAGGUGCUGUUAAAGGUCUUGUAUCAGUAUAAAGAAAAGCAAUACGUAGCCCCCAGGGUUCUGCAGCAGACCCUCAACUACAUAAACCAGGGAAUUGGGCACGCCGUCACUUGGAAGAACCUCAAGCCCCAUAUCCAGGGCAUCAUUCAGGACGUGGUCUUCCCCCUCAUGUGCUACACAGACAGUGAUGAAGAGCUGUGGCAAGAAGACCCCUAUGAAUAUAUCCGCAUGAAGUUCGAUGUGUUCGAGGACUUCAUCUCCCCCACUACAGCUGCUCAGACCCUACUCUUCACGUCGUGCAACAAGAGGAAAGAAGUACUGCAGAAGACCAUGGGCUUUUGUUAUCAGAUCCUCACAGAGCCCAACACCGACCCACGGAAAAAAGAUGGUGCUCUACACAUGAUUGGCUCACUGGCUGAAAUUUUACUCAAGAAAAAGAUCUAUAAGGACCAGAUGGAGUUUAUGUUACAGAAUCAUGUCUUCCCACUGUUCCACAGCGAGCUGGGCUAUAUGAGGGCAAGGGCCUGCUGGGUCCUGCACUACUUCUGCGAGGUGAAGUUUAAGAACGACCAGAACCUGCAGACAGCCCUCGAGCUGACCCGCCUCUGUCUGAUCAACGACAACGAGAUGCCCGUCAAGGUGGAGGCGGCCAUCGCCCUGCAGGUGCUCAUCAGCAACCAGGAAAAAGCGAAGGAAUACAUCACUCCGUUCAUCCGGCCAGUGAUGCAGGCGCUCCUCCACAUCGUGCGGGAGACGGAGAACGACGACCUCACCAACGUCAUUCAGAAGAUGAUCUGCGAGUACAGCGAGGAGGUCACGCCCAUCGCUGUCGAGAUGACCCAGCACCUGGCCAUGACCUUUAACCAGGUCAUCCAGACAGGCCCUGAUGAGGAGGGCGGUGAUGACAAGGCUGUUACAGCCAUGGGUAUCCUUAACACCAUUGACACCUUGCUCAGUGUUGUGGAGGAUCACAAAGAGAUCACCCAGCAACUAGAGGGCAUCUGUCUUCAAGUGAUAGGGACUGUCCUUCAGCAGCAUGUCUUGGAGUUCUACGAGGAGAUCCUAUCUCUGGCCCACAGUCUGACGUGUCAACAAGUGUCCCCACAGAUGUGGCAGCUUCUGCCGCUGGUCUUUGAGGUCUUCCAGCAGGACGGUUUUGAUUAUUUCACAGACAUGAUGCCUCUCCUGCACAACUACGUUACGGUGGACACAGACACACUGCUGUCUGACACCAAAUACCUUGAAAUGAUCUAUAGCAUGUGCAAGAAGAUUUUGACGGGGGAUCCAGGGGAGGAUCCUGAGUGCCAUGCAGCCAAGCUAUUGGAGGUCAUCAUACUGCAAUGUAAAGGGCGUGGCAUUGACCAGGUCGUACCUCUUUUUGUGACGACGGCAUUGGAAAGGCUGACUCGUGAGGUGAAGACCAGCGAACUGAGGACCAUGUGCCUGCAGGUGGCCAUUGCUGCCCUCUAUUAUAGCCCCCCGCUGCUGCUGAAUACAAUGGAGAACCUACGCUUCCCCAACAACACAGAACCAAUUACCAACCACUUCAUCUCACAGUGGCUGAAGGAUGUCGACUGCUUCCUGGGACUACAUGACAGGAAAAUGUGUGUGUUGGGCCUGUGUGCCCUCAUCGAUCUGGAGCAGAGACCGCAAGCAGUCAACCAGGUGGCUGGACAGCUGCUUCCUGCUGCCAUCCUGCUCUUCAGUGGCCUGAAAAGGGCCUACGCCUGCAGGGCGGAGCACGAGAAUGAGGAUGACGACGACGAAGAGGAUGGAGAGGACGACGAGGAAAAUGUGGAGCUGGGCAGUGAUGAGGAUGAUAUUGAUGAGGAGGGCCAGGAGUACUUGGAGAUGCUAGCCAAGCAGGCGGGUGAGGAUGGAGAUGAUGAGGACUGGGAGGAGGAUGAUGCAGAGGAGACUGCUCUCGAAGGAUACACGACCGCUGUAGACGAUGAGGACAACCCAGUGGACGAGUACCAGAUCUUCAAAGUGAUUUUGCAAAAUAUUCAGAGUCGUGACCCAGCAUGGUACCAGGGACUCAUACAGAAUCUAGACGAAGAGCAGAGAAAACAGCUUCAGGAUAUCGGCACACUUGCAGACCAGAGACGGGCUGCACAUGAAUCGAAAAUGAUCGAGAAGCACGGCGGAUACAAGUUCACAGCCCCGGUGGUGCCAACCAACUUCAAUUUUGGAGGCAGUGCUCCAGGAAUGAAUUGAAACCCCUUUUCCUUUUCUUACUCUGUGACUGAUUGUAGUGAAGUGAAAAAAAGCUUGUGUUGUCCCUCAAGUAGUGGUUUCACAACUGGUUCUUCUCUCUCACUCUUCGAUUUGACUGUAUUUACUUGGACAUAGCACCAGAAGAUGUGAGAAGACAACCAAAUGCAACCAAUGGCUGGGAAAACUAACCAAGGACUUGAACAUGAAGCAAGAAUUGAAAACAAAGCGCCGAACAACGUUGUCAUAUGGAGUCUGGAUUAGGAUGCUAUGACGGCAGCUUUUGUUUCACCAUUAAACAAAAUCCAGGCAAAAACAUACGGUGAUGAAUUUGACUAUAGGACUAAAUGUUUAAUUCAGUCUCACGGUAUAGGCUAGAAUGGCACCCUUUAAAUUUAUACCUGUGGAAGUGGUGUUUGUCUACAUUUACUGCAUUAACAAAUGCCCAUGUUAUGUAUAUUGGCCAGGACUCUGUAGGAGCCUGGCUUGAACACCCUUUGCCAUUUGGAAGGUAUGAGCGAGUGUAUUCAUAUGUAGCAUAUUGGAUACUUCAUAGCACUACGUGAUGCCUGAUAUCUGUAAAUUUAUGACUAGCACUUUUCAUAUUGUUCAGGUCUCCCGGCCUCUUGUUUCAGACUGCAGAUUUUUAAUAUCAUUUGAGACUAUUUAAAAAAAAUGGCUGUAACAUUGUUACUCUGCAGGUAACUUGUGGUUAUGGCUAAUUGUAAUGUACUCAGUUACUGUGUCCAGUAGUCAGUGGCAUCUUUUUCCGCUAAAAUGGCAACACUCUGGGUUUCUGGGAAAAAAAAGAAUGCUCUUGGUGUUCCCUUUGGAUACGACCCAAUUUGUGGUGUAAGCAGUGAAGGUUGGUUGAAUACUUCAUUGAAGCAUGUACAAUUGGACUACCGUGAAGCUCUAGCAUUUGGUUGAUGUAUGGAUAAACCAUCUAUAUAUACAACAAUAUAUUAAAAAUGAGUUGGGAUAAA